CACCUAGUGCCCUAGUCCCAUGCAUAAACUCUUCACCUCCAUUCCAAUCCAAUCCAAUCACACACAUUCUGCUCCCAUUUCCUCUGUUUCAACUUCACUUUCUCCAUGGCCCCCAAGAGAAAAAAGCCGGGUCAAACCCGAAUGGAUGCGGCUCUUGAUCAUAUAUGUAAAAUGGGAUUCUCAAGACCCCUUGUCAGGAAAACCGUUAAAGAUCUUCUUAAGGUGUACGGUGAGGAUGGAUGGAUGUUGAUUGAAGAGGACGCGUACAAGGUCCUGCUUGAUUAUAUUCUUGAUGAACAAGAGGCUGCGCAAACGAAUAACUUGUUAAAGGAUGCAUCAUCAUCUAAAGUAGCUUCUGAAGAGGUAUCUAUCCAGGAAAAUGCGAUAGCAUCAUUGACCCACAAUGCAGAGUCAAACGAAAACGCGCUAUCAUCCUUGAACCACAAUGUAGAGUCAAGUGAAGUACCCCUUCUUACCAUGCAAGGACCCGUGACUCAAGAAUGCUCGAAAGACGCUGAUUCGGACAAAAACGCCCUUCAUUUCAGCCCAUUCCACCAUGGCGAUGAUCAUUCUGCAAAUGAAAUUGCCCUCCAAAGUUCUGAAAACACCUCUCUUUCACUACGUAUAUGUGAUGAGGUACAUGCCCCUUUAAAUAUCUACACUAGUACACACAAGCCUUGUUAUGGAUGGAUUAGCGACGACGAAGAUGAUGACAAUACUAAGCUUAUUGAACUGGCCCCUGCUACUUAAAUCUUAGCUUUCGCUCUUUUGAAGAUUUCGGUUCACGAUGGUGCAAGGAAGAAGUGGUAUCAUGUUAUAGAUAUAUAUAUAGAAGAAGGCUGGUUAGAAGCACUUUUGAAACAAUGCAACUGUGGUAAACAUGCAGGUCUUCUGGUACAUUCUAAACCUUAACAUCCUGUGUAAGUAUAACUAAUUAACUGCUAUGGGGCUUGUAUGGCAAAUGAUAUAUAUAUAUAUAUAUAUAAACUAAAUCAAGGUUCAUAUCAAUGUGCAUAUUAUAUCUAGACUUGUUAUGAACCCAUUUACCCAUUUACUA